AUGCAGGCCGCAUCCGAAAGGGUGACCCGGCCUCAUCGACGACGAGCCCUGGCAUGUCUGCAGUGCCGGAAAAAGAAACUCAAAUGCGACCAUGGCAACCCUUGCGGUAACUGCUCGCGGGCGAGGAACAAGACGUGCACCUAUGCCCCUACCACGACCGAGGACUCGACCACGCCAGAGCCCCGGCCAAGUCGGUCGUCCGUCGAUGAGAUCGAGACACGGCAUCUCUACAACUCGGCCUCCCGGGCGGAAGAAUCCAGGCGGCCCGAAACGCUUUUCACCAAGACUUGGGAUUCGCCAAGCUCGGUCCCCGGUGAGAGAUGGGCACCAUCCGCCGUGGCAAGUCUGUUGUUGCCAACAGAAGGCUCGCCAAACGACCUUGCCAUGAGUCAAGACAAAUCUCAAACGAUACCCAUUUCAACCUCAUUAGAUGGUUUGUCUGGUCCAUUACCUGAAGUCUUGACCUGGAUCGAUAAGGAAUAUGCCACCAAAGGCGAAAGUUUACAAGUCAGGCAAAACUGCAAACCCCUGAUCAAGCGGCUGAGGCAGCAGCGGUCAAUGGCCUGGACUCCAGGAGAUUAUGGCCGAUACCUUCCCUCGAGACAUUUGGCCGACGCACUCAUCGACUCAUAUUUGCGGACGUUUGAAAGUGUGCUCCGAGUUCUCCACAUUCCCUCCUUCAGACGUGACUACCAUCUGAUGUGGGACCAGACCUCUGCUGCAUCGCCUCACUUCAUUGUUCAAGUCCAGUUAUGUCUUGCCCUUGGUGCGAGCUUGUACGACGACACAUUCUCGCUUCGGGGGCAAGCACUCCAGUGGAUUCAGGAGGCAAUCACCUGGGUUCACUCGUCAGAAAAGUCGUGCCUCUCCAUUGCAGGCAUUCAAAACUUGUGUCUACUAGAGCUCGCCCGGAGGAAUAUGCUAGAAAUACACGGUGACCGCUCCUGGAUCAGAUCCGGAGUGCUGAUUCGAACUUCCAUGGUUAUUGGUCUGCAUCGGGACCCGGGUGCUCUCCCAGGAGUGCUUCCCGCACAAGCCGAGAUACGUCGUCGUCUGUGGGCAACCGUGCUUGAAUUGACGCUUAGCUCCUCAAUGGAUGCUGGCUGCCCUCCUCUCAUGUCGCUCGACGACUUUGAUUGCGCGCUGCCAAUGAACCUGAACGACGAGGCGCUUGAUCUCAGGUCUCAUACCGAGCUGGUGGCAUGUGAUGAUGAUAUGCGUACUGAUGCAUCGUUGCAAAUUGCCCUGGCUCGGACUCUGCCUGAUCGAUUGGCGAUAUCCAAAUUGAUCAAUAGCAUCAAAGCUGAAGCGCUGUAUCCGCAGAUCCUGAGUUCCAGUAUGAGUUUCAAGAACACCUGCCGUCUACUCAACGAUUCAUUACGUCGACUCGUCCCGCAGCCGACUGGCUUUCAACGUCUCUAUAGUGAGAUGACCAUGUGCCGGUACCUUUUCACGCUGCACAUACCCUACAUUGCCGUCUCAGCUCAGAAUCCAAUGUUUUUGCAAUCUAGAAAUAUUUGCAUCGAACCCGCAUUGAACUUUGCCCACUCGGCUCUAAAUUCACCGCUGCUGCAUGACGCAUUUCUAGAGUCGAUACGAUCGGCAACAGGCGCAGAUGCGCCUUGCGAGGACUUCUUUCGUCUUGCUCUAUGUGGCUUGGGACCUUAUAGAACUGUACUAUACCAGGCCGUCAUGAUAAUCGGAGGAGAACUAUCCAGGACCUCUGUGGACAGACCCGAAACUUCCUACUCGGAUUCGACAUUAACACGAAAUAUCCGAUCUCUGGAGUUGAGCUCGCUCCUGCGAGUUGGAGUGGAAUGGGCAAAACAGCGCAUAAUGGCUGGACAGGACAAUGUCAAGGACUACAUUAUUCUAAAGGCGGUCCUAGGAUGUGCCGAUGCCAAAAUUAAGGGUCUACCAAUCAGCGACGCAAUUGAAGCAAGUGGUCUAGAGGCAAGUCUUGAAGCAAAGGCCAUGCUCACACAGCUGGUCAAUACUGGCGACCUCGUUUCAGAGGAGCCUGAAAGUGUUCCAGACAGCGGCUCGGGCAGUCUCGAUGACUUUUGGACGGCCGACUUGAGCAGUUAUGAUGAUUUCUUCUUGCCUUUUGAGUAG